AUGUCUGCAAAAGAGAGAACAUCUUAUAUGGAGAAGAACAAUUCUCUGAAAGAGCAGCUCCGUGGAUCUACCGAAUUUCCAGAUCUUACUCCUGAAGAGGCCCUUCAGAAACGAGUUCUUGCUCGCUGGAUCCAUAAUCAAUGGUUUAUGAAAGAUGGAAUACAUAUUGAAUACUACUAUUAUAAAGCCCAGCCUCGACUCUGGAAAAAUCUUUCACGUUGGAGAUCAACGACUGAGACUCAGGUUUAUGUCGAUUAUUGGGACAGUCCGGUUUCGCUAAAGGAUGUGGACCGAGUAACUAAGGAGACACUUGCAGCUCGUGAAGCAAUUGGAAUUCAUCCAAGUGAGGGAGGUUGGAAUCUACCGAGACCUCAUCCUAGACACUUGCUCAACUUUCCGCAGGAAAUUCUGGACAAGAUUAUUGGUUAUAAUCUCAUUGUCGGCGAGGACGUGGGCUCUAUAGCCCCUAGAGCAAUGACUAGUAACAAAAACAGCGACUACCAAGAAGCCCAUUACCAAAUCGCUCGCCCUCCUUAUCCUGAACCUGUUCUCCAAGACCUCCCAUGUCAUGGAUACCGUGUGUAUGCCUUUGCUGAAAGAUAUCAUCCAUCCAUUGGAAUGUUUGGAGAUACGUUUUUCGAGAGAGGACCACAAUCAAUCAAGAAAACAGAAAUGAGCGAUGAAUUUGGGCCUUACAUUCAGAUGCAAAAUGUUUUGAGUCCAAUGAUUGAUUCAAGCUGUCUCAGAGCAUGUAAAGAUUUCCACAGUUAUGGUACGGAGAUGCUGUACAGACAUAACACUUUUACGUUUGACAUUGCAACUUAUAGGAAUCCGCGAAAAUUUAUGAUGUACGAUCAGGAUGGACCUCUCUCAAGCUCGAACGUCCUCAAACCAGAUAGACACAUAGAGAGUGUUGGAGUACGACAGCCAUAUAACGAAUGGUUAUCCGAAGUUAAAGACGUAGUGUCUCAAGUAAAACAAUCUGUUGGCGUCAAAGACUUAGCAGGCUGGGCUUACCAAGAUCCCUUCGUUCGAUUCCUUUAUAACAUUGGCCCUGAGAAUACGAAGCUCAUCAAAACUCUCCAGUUUUCUGGAACUAUGAAAACUCAUCGCUGCGAUCCAGGAAGAGAUCAUCAUAAGAAUUGUGGCGAGGGAUUCAUGUUGAACUUCCUUAUCUAUCUACAAUUUAUCCGUGAGCUUUGUCCGCACUUAGAAAAGCUUGUCUUGAACAUCGCUCCGGAUGUUCAUCGUCGUUACGACAAUAAAGAAUGGUUGAGAUGGUCUAGCUUCCUGGUAAAUCUAACUCCGCUCCUGAAAGAUCAACUUAGAAAGUUAGAGACAGUCAAAACUUUGGUUCUUUGUACCCGGAAUGAAGCGAAACCAACUGAGCAGAAUCAUCUUUAUGAACCAAUGAAGUUUCCUCUUGCUGUAGAAACUUGUAAAUGGUUUGAGGAUAGGGCAAAAGGUUGGGUAUCAAAUGCUUAA